AUGCGUUUUGACGCCACCACCAUCCUGGCCCUUGCGCCGCUCGUCGCCGGCCACGGCGCUGUCGUCAGCUACACCAUCGACGGCACCGUCUACCCCGGCUACACCGGCUUCUCCCCGGACUCCAGCCCCGACACCAUCCAGUUCCAGUGGCCCGACUACAACCCCACGCUGGAGGUGACCGACGAGAAGAUGCGCUGCAACGGCGGCACCAGCGCCGAGCUCAGCGCCCCCAUCGCGGCCGGCAGCAACAUCACGGCCACCUGGGGCCAGUGGACCCACUCCCAGGGCCCCGUCAUGGUGUGGAUGUUCAAGUGCGACGGCGACUUCGGUUCGUCGUGCACGGGUGAGGGCAAGGGCUGGUUCAAGAUCGACCAGAUGGGCCUGACCUCCGGCACCGACCUCAACUCUAACAACUGGGCCACUGACAUCGUCGUCAAGACCCUCGAGUGGAGCAGCAAGGUCCCCACCAACCUCGCCCCUGGCAACUACCUCAUCCGCCACGAGCUGCUCGCUCUCCACCAGGCCAACACCCCGCAGUUCUACGCUGAGUGCGCCCAGGUCGUUGUGUCCGGCAGCGGCUCGGACAGCGUGCCUUCUGACUACCUCUACGAGAUCCCCGUCUAUGCGCCCCAGGACGACCCGGGUAUCACUGUCGACAUCUACCAGGGCGGUCUUACCAGCUAUACCUGCCCCGGCGGCGAGGUCUGGAGCGGCUUCCAGUAA